CAGCCGUCUUCACUUUGAGCUCUGUUCUUCUGCAGACUGCAGACUUCAGCCCGGCCAACUCCUCCUCGGCUUCACUGAAAAACAGGUAAGCAUCAAGAUUAUUAAAUCACUCUGGUUUAUUUUUUCUGUAAUUAAGUCAAGUCUGCAAAUAUCGGUUCAGAAAAGAAAGAAUUUAACCUUCAACUGGAAGAUUAUGAAGAGAACGGUGAACUAUAUUGACGUGAAGCUAACGUUGGGCUAGUUAGCCAAUGCGGGUCAGCGUCUCCCCUCCUUUCUUAGUUUGUGGGCCUGUCUGUGGCCCUUUCUUUGUCUCUUUACUGCAGCUCAGAGAAGAGACUAAUCGCUUUAUUUAACAAAUGCUUCUUUCUCUGUGUUUAACAAACGAAAUUAAACGUGAAGCAUGAGGCAACCCGGCUGAACUUUGACCUAACCGUGUCUGCAUACCUAUACUUUAUGCGCAUAGUGCGAUUUACCUCCGUGAUUUCGAGUUUUAACUCAAACAGAUUAGGUUUAUUUUAAUUCACACUGUAUUCAAUGAGCCUAAUAUCAGUAAAGAAGUAAUCUCUCACCUUGUUUUAAUGCUCGUAUUUAUCAAAAAAGGUUUAAUUUGUUAAAUAAAGUCUGCAAUCAAACAUCUAAAUAUACUCUUACAGUUAAAAAUCGCAUUUGUUAACACUCAUAAGACGUCUCUAUUAAACAAGGGUCCCUUAUUUCGUGUGUUGAGAUUAUCCUGGUUAUGUAAGCUUCCUAAUAAGCUAUUGUUCCCUGCUGCUUCAACAUGACUUGCAUGUGACUCUCCUCUCUUUGCCUAACGGGACAUACUUUAGGAAAGUGCACCGGUUUCUACCUCCGUACAAACCGCUGCUGUCUAGUUAAACCCAAAGCACUUCGUCUUUCUAGAUCUCAGUGAUCUUUGACACGAGUUUCCGGGGACUUUGCUGCUGUCAGAGUCGGUGCCUGUUGGCUCCACCCAGCUGAGCUUAUCUGUGAUGAUGUCUGGACUGUAAGAAUUUUCUGGAAGUAUUUGUUCUGUCUUUCUCACAGCCCUUUACCGACAUCGCAACCAUGUCCUCUGGAAAAGCGCAGAUUGGCAAGCUUGCCCCAGACUUCACAGCCACAGCUGUGGUAGAUGGGCAGUUCAAGGACAUCAAGCUGUCAAGCUACAGAGGUAACAGGGCCGUAACUUGUAUUUCUGUUGAAGUACUGUUGAAUUUUUGUAGUUUAAUUCAUGUUUUCUGAUGCAGAUUUGUUUCACUUCCUUUUCUGUCUUUCAGGGAAGUAUGUGGUUUUCUUUUUCUAUCCCCUGGAUUUCACAUUUGUGUGUCCCACUGAGAUCGUGGCGUUCAGUGACAGGGCUGAGGAGUUCCGUAAGAUUGGCUGUGAGGUGAUCGGCUGCUCCGUAGACUCCCACUUCAGUCACUUGGCAUGGUGAGAAAGUAGAGCCCCAUCUUGAGUUUUACCAUAAAUGUUAUAAAUUUAUGCACAGAAGUUAAAAAAAAAAACAUCCACAAAGCAAGUCGAGCAUUUAUGCUCAGACUCAAAUUCAGCCUUUAAGAAAUUCAGUUUUUUUCCCCAUCUUCAUUUCAACUUCAACAGGAGUUACACAAGUUUUAUAAAGUCUGUUGUUUCUGCUCUACUACAAUAUGAAAGGAUGGAUUUAAAAGGUUAUUGUCCCCCUUAAACAGGAAAAAAAAACUGUAAGAGUAAUAGGACUUGAGCACGAAAGCUGCCACUUUGAUCUUGGAAAGAAAUACAACCGCCCAGACUCAGUAGGGUCGAAACUUGUCAGGCAUUGGUGGUUGGCUGUUUUAAUUACACAGUUCAUAAUAAGGGUGUGAGCUGAAGCCACACACCCAAGUUUGUUAGUUUAUCUCUUGUCCGGUGCUCCUGCAAAGUUUUGAUAAGUUCAAAUAUAGUUAGAAGUAGUCUGCACUGUCUAAAAGAAACCGUUCAGUAACAGUUUUGAAUAAGGGAAAAUAAUAACCUGAAUAUGACAGGAUAUAUUUCUGUUUGAGAGUGAAAUACUGCAUUGGACUUGUUGAAGUUUGACCUAAUUUCCAUGUCUUGUUGGUUUAAGUAGCACCAGACACACCUGUGAGAAGUUUAUAUCUAAUUAUGAAAUAGUCCUGAUUUAAAUUUGUUGCUUUUUAAUGACCUGAAAAGCUAAAAAAGACCAACAACAAGAAGAAGGUUGCCUAUUUCUAUGUGGUUCUUCCUCAUAUCUUAAGUUUCAGGGGAUUGUUGCUGAAUCACACUGUAGAGAACAGACUAUCUGCACUGAAAAUAAGAUUCAAUUACAUCCUUAAUUUAAUCCUGCAGGAUCAACACACCAAGGAAACAAGGAGGUCUGGGAAACAUGAAGAUCCCCCUAGUGGCUGAUCUAACCAAGACUAUCUCUGCGGACUACGGUGUGCUGAAGGAGGAUGACGGCAUUGCAUACAGGUUAGGCAGGCUUCUUAUGUCAUAGGAUAUGCCCUGGGGAACAACAAGUAUCUAUCUGACAUAUCUAUAAAUCUAUGUGUAUAUCUAUCUAUUAGAAAAAAUGCAUUAUAAUAAAUACUUCUAACUUCUAAAGGCUGACUGUAAAAAUGAAUUCUUGCCUCUCCAGGGGUCUUUUUGUGAUAGAUGGCAACGGCAUCCUGAGGCAGAUCACCAUCAAUGACUUGCCCGUGGGUCGCUCUGUGGAUGAGACUCUGCGCCUUGUCCAGGCCUUCCAGCACACUGAUAAAUACGGAGAGGGUAAGAAACCGUCGUCCCUGUUAUAAACAAAUCAGCUGUCUGUUGGCUGAUUGAUAAGGGCGUUGCAACGGUAAAAAUGCGGGGGCUGUGUUUGGGCAUGUUUCAGUUACAAAGGCAGCCGCCAGCGUAUCAUUUACGAUCAACCUUUGUUUUACUCUUCAUUUUGUUGCCAUAAGGUGUUAUUGGAAAAAGGUCUGGCAUAAAAUCCAACUUGCUUUUUUGCUCACAGCAAACUAUAAUGAUUCUAGUUAUUUGAUACAAAACAAGACUCCACAUUUAUUAUAUAUUUAAAGCUACAAAUAAGCGUUCAAAAAAAAAACUGCAUUGACUAUGUGCUAUAAAGGCCAGCAGUGCAUUUUGAUAGAUGAAGUUCACCAUGAUGAGAAAUGUAAAGCUUACAUGCUAAAGGAAAAAUACUCUAGGAGGAUAAAUGAGUAAACUGACAGCAGAAAAUGAAGCAGUGAAGACUAAUCAAUGUGAAAGAAUUCAAUUUUAAUGCUCAAAAUCUCCUCAGGGGUCCCCCGAUCCCCACUUGUUAUGUAUGAUCUCUGUAUUUGGAAUAGUUUGACAAUUAUUUAUUACAGUUCAUUAAAUAGAAAGUGCAGAUAUUUUCACACUUGGACAUCAAUUGUAAGUAAAACUCUCUAUGAGCUGUACCCGGCUGUAUAUCUCUUGCAUUUUUGUCCUUCACCAGUCACACCCCUGAUUUACAUCCUGUUUAAACAGUUUGGAUUUGAUAUUUGUUACCCAAUAACUUUUGACUGCUGUAAAUCUUUUUAAUUCCAGUGAGAGCUGUGAAAGAGUUAUUCAAAUUUAACUUUAUUUUAUGGCAUUUUUCAGACAAAAAAACGCAGUUCAAAGUGUCUCACAGAGGCUUAAAACAACAAUUACACAACAACAAAAACCGACCCUCCCAUCCACACACCCACCCAUGGACCCACACACACAGAGAUAUGCACCCACCCUCACUCACCCACACAUGCACACACAAAGUGAGAAUUCAAGAUAUAUUGUUAAAGAGACAUGACCUGACACCGAGGCAUUAUGUGAGGAAAGAGCUACCUUUGGGAAACACUGGAGAUAAAGAUAAAAAUGGUAAAAAGACUAAAACCUGCUUGACUAAAACAAAAAAAUAAUAUUAAAUGAACAGAUAAGAGCUCUUUAACGUGUAAAAGUGGCAAAAGAAGUAAAAACCUCUAUGACGGGAAUUAAGAAAAAGACUAAAAACAGAGAUAAUUCAUAAAAUGACAUAUAAAAUGUGCCUCAAGAUUUCUUUUUCUACAUUGGGAUUUUAGACCCCCCCAAAAAAGUGAGCUUUUUGUACUUGUACGCCUACUCUGGAAGGAUUAGCUUGUGUACAGACUUGAGUUAUUAGUUUAGCCUCUAGGGUAUUGACACGUGCACCUUGUCCUCUGGAUAUGCAAAGUUCAACGUCUAAACAUCAGGAACCUGCUGGUAAACUUUGUUCACUUUGUUCUUUCUCUUCCCUCUUGGCACAGUCUGCCCCGCUGGCUGGAAACCAGGAAGUGACACCAUCAUCCCUGAUGUUGACAAAAGCAAAGACUUCUUCUCCAAGCAGUAAAACUAUGAAGAUGUACCAGCUGACUUCCUAACCAUAGCACUUGCCUUCAGAUAAGAGGUGUCCCCGUGAAGCAAUAUCUCAUGGCGUCCAAACUAAUGUGUUGAACACAAAAAGUGUCAGAGGUUGUUGUAUGAAUCCUUUAAUCCAGUAUCUUAUCUGUGUACGUCUAAUGUACAAGUGGUGGGGCAACCUCAUAGUCUCAAGCACUGAAAGUUUAGUUUUGUUCCUUUUUUUCCAGAAAAAUACUGAUUUGUUUUCUUGGCUGUCGAUCAUUUGUUACCAUCUUUAUUAAAACAGUGGGAAAAUAGCAACUUUGUGUUGGUGUGGUAAAAGUA